AUGCCUGAAACUUGCCACAAGUCGGAUAAAAGGCAUUUGUACACAGGCCCCAAGGGUUUCUUAUGGGAGCCACGAGCCCCCUUCCAAAGCAAACCCCAUCCCUUCAAGUUUCCGAGCUUCCAAUCACACUCUACAGCUAUGCCACCAAAGAAGACUGGCACCCCAGCGAUGACUCCAUCCCGGCCCAAGAACUCCCCAUCGAGCACACAGGCCAAAAAGAAGAAAACCCCAAUCGCUUGGGAUAAAGAUGGCGCAGGUUGUACUGCCGACCAGGAGGAUUCCCUCCUAGGCCGGCGAGGUUGUACUGUCAACCAGGAGGGUAUCCUCCUGGCCGGCGAGGCGUGCGCGAGGGGGGUUGGCUUGCGCUUAUCAACCCCCGAGACUGACCCGACUGCCAAACUUUUUAUCAACAAGCUCCAUUACAACACUCUCACCCCCAAGGAGAAAUGCUCCUACAAAAAUAAGGAAGGGGAAGAACUUUCAUAUUUUGCAGCACGAGAAUACAAAAUAACAGAACAAGAGAUAGUUUUUUCCAAAAAGCUGGCCAAAGAGCUGGCCAAGCAACGGGAAGUUUUUGCCAAACAGCUGGCACAAAUCCGUCAAACUUUGCAAUCCAAAGGUGUUGACCCAUCAAUACUUGACAACCUUUUGUUUUUCAAGUGA